AUCACCUCUGCGUCUAGUCUCUCUGCGCCCCCGCUGCUGAGCGAGAUCAAUCAGACAGACAGAGCGGAUCUUCAAGGGGGACAAUAUUCAUCAUCAUGAUCAAUAUCAACAUCUGGACCAAGCGAUAACGGAAUCAGCUCUGUCGCUUUAGUGGAUUCUCUGCUUUUCAGGCGCGUUAAUGGGAUUCUGCCUCCGUCUCUGUGUCCUUGAGCUCGGCCUGUACAGUGAGUCAGUGGUUCCUGUCUGCUCUAUCACCAGUCCUUCUCUCUAUCCCUCCACCCCUUCAUAAGCGAGGGAAGAGCGAAGAGUGGAGUCGCCAAGGACACAGGGAGAACGCUGGAGUCACCCCUCCUCAUCCUUCGGAUUGGGAGAACGCUGGAGUCACCCCUCCUCAUCCCUCUGAUUGGGAGAACGCUGGAAUCACCUCUCCUCAUCCCUCGGAUUGGGAGAACGCUGGAAUCACCACUCCUCAUCCCUCGGAUUGGGAGAACGCUGGAAUCACCCCUCCUCAUCCCUCGGAUUGGGAGAACACUGGAGUCACCCCUCCUCAUCCCUCGGAUUGGGAGAACGCUGGAGUCACCCCUCCUCAUCCCUCGGAGUGGGAGAACAAAAUACUAGGAGAAGAAGUGAGUCAACGGUUUCUGAGAUGUUGCUGACUGGUCCCUGGUUAAAACCCUGACCACUCACCCCUGACCCCUGACCCUACUGGUUAGCCAAUGAAGUCUGUGUUUAAGACUUGUUUCUAAGGACUCUUGAAAGAAGAAGGAAGGACCAGCGCUUGGUGACAGGCUGGUAUAAAAAAGCAGAAACACUCGCUCUGCUCUAAGAGAGAGAGAGAGAGAGAGAGAGAGAGAGCGAGAGAGAGAGAGAGAGAGAGAGGGAGGGAGGGACAGAGAGAGGGAGAGAGAGCAAGUCUGGACUCGUGUGUUCCAGAUGAGUGAGUGAAACCUCUCCAGAGAAGGGAAAUAGAGACCACAGAGAGAGAAGAGGACCAAACCAGGCUGUCAGAAUGUCUACCACUGCCACCAUGGGAGAGAUGGCUAACAGUGCUGUUGAGUUCUACCCUAAAGGCCGGAGCCGUGGUGGAGGUGGGAAGGAGGAGGGUAACAACGCUGCAGGGGGAGAUUUUGGGGUGACGGUAGAGGAGCUCAGGGAUCUGAUGGAGCUCCGGGGAGGGGAGGCCAUCCAGAAGAUACAGGAGGCGUACGGAGACUCAGAGGGCCUGGCCACUAAACUGCUCUCCAACACUAUUGACGGUCUGUCAGGUGACCAGGCGGACCUGGAUCGUCGUAGCAAGUCAUUCGGUCAGAACUUCAUCCCUCCUAAACAACCCAAGACCUUCCUGGAGCUGGUCUGGGAAGCUCUUCAAGACGUCACUCUUAUCAUCCUGGAGGUGGCGGCUAUCAUCUCCCUGGGCCUGUCCUUCUACCAACCCCCAGGAGAUGACACUGAGGCGUGUGGUAACGUGUCGGGAGGGGCAGAGGAUGAGGGCGAGGCUGAAGCCGGGUGGAUUGAGGGCGCCGCCAUCUUGCUGUCCGUCGUCUGUGUGGUCCUGGUGACGGCCUUCAAUGAUUGGUCUAAAGAGAAACAGUUCCGUGGGCUUCAGAGCAGGAUAGAACAGGAGCAGCGAUUCGCCGUCGUACGGAAAGGAAACGUGAUCCAGAUACCUGUAGCUGACAUGGUGGUGGGGGACAUGGCUCAGGUUAAAUACGGGGACCUGUUGCCAGCGGAUGGUAUCCUGAUCCAGGGAAAUGACCUGAAGAUAGAUGAGAGUUCUCUGACUGGGGAAUCAGACCACGUUGGGAAGACUGUGGACAAAGACCCUAUGCUGCUCUCUGGUACCCAUGUGAUGGAGGGUUCGGGCAGGAUGCUGGUAACAGCUGUGGGGGUCAACUCUCAGACCGGCAUCAUCUUUACACUGCUGGGGGCAGGAGAGGGGGAGGAGGAAGAGGAGGAGGAGGAUGACAAGAAGAAGAAAGGGAAGCAGCCCGAAGUGGCGGUGGAGAACAACCAGAAUAAAGCCAAGAAGCAGGACGAGGCUGUAGCCAUGGAGAUGCAGCCUCUGAAGAGUGCAGAGGGAGGAGAGGUGGAGGAGAAGAAGAGACCCAACACAACAAAGAAAGAGAAGAGUGUUCUACAGGGUAAACUCACCAAACUGGCUGUGCAGAUUGGGAAAGCAGGCCUGGUGAUGUCAGCUAUAACAGUGCUCAUCUUGGUGUUGUAUUUUGUCAUCCAGACGUUCGUAAUAGAAGGUCGUGUGUGGCUAGCAGAGUGUACUCCAGUCUAUGUCCAGUACUUUGUCAAGUUCUUCAUCAUCGGAGUGACUGUGUUGGUGGUGGCUGUACCUGAGGGGCUGCCGCUCGCUGUCACCAUAUCACUGGCCUACUCUGUCAAGAAAAUGAUGAAGGAUAACAACCUGGUGCGUCACCUGGAUGCGUGUGAGACGAUGGGUAACGCUACGGCCAUCUGCUCCGACAAGACUGGCACUCUGACCACCAACCGCAUGACUGUCGUACAGACCUUCCUAGGUGACCAGCACCACCGGUCAGUUCCGGAACCAGAGCAGGUCAACCCCAAGACUCUAGAACUACUGGUCAACGCCAUCGCUAUCAACAGCGCCUACACAUCCAAGAUCAUGCCUGCAGACCAGGAGGGGGGUCUAGCUAAGCAGGUGGGGAACAAGACUGAGUGUGGACUGCUUGGCUUCGUUCUGGACCUAGAGCAAGACUACAGUGCUGUCCGAGACCGGGUCCCCGAGGAACAGCUAUUCAAGGUGUAUACCUUUAACUCAGUGCGUAAGUCCAUGUCCACGGUGGUCCAGCAACGAGACGGAUCCUUCAGACUGUACAGUAAAGGAGCUUCUGAGAUACUACUGAAGAAGUGUUCGUAUAUCAUGGACGUUCAUGGAGAGCCACGUAAUUUCAGACCCAGAGACAGAGAGGAGAUGGUGAAACAGGUGAUAGAGCCGAUGGCGUGUGAAGGGUUAAGGACGAUCUGUAUCGCAUUCCGAGACCUUCCAUCCAAUCCCGAGCCAGACUGGGACAACGAGGAGGACAUCGUUACUCAGCUGACCUGUCUCACUGUGGUGGGCAUAGAAGACCCUGUACGACCUGAGGUGCCUGAUGCAAUUCGUAAGUGUCAGAAAGCGGGCAUCUGCGUAAGGAUGGUCACAGGAGACAACAUUAACACAGCCAGGGCUAUAGCAGCUAAAUGUGGCAUCAUCCAUCCUGGAGAAGACUUCCUGUGUAUCGACGGCAAGGAGUUCAACCGGCGAAUCAGGAACGAGAAAGGAGAGGUAGAGCAGGAGCGGAUUGACAAGGUCUGGCCUAAACUACGAGUCCUCGCUCGCUCCUCCCCCACCGACAAACACACACUAGUCAAAGGCAUCAUGGACAGCACUGUGUUGGAGCUGAGGCAGGUUGUCGCGGUAACCGGAGACGGGACAAAUGACGGGCCGGCGCUGAAGAAGGCCGACGUGGGCUUUGCCAUGGGUAUAGCCGGUACAGACGUGGCCAAGGAGGCGUCUGACAUCAUAUUAACGGACGAUAACUUCAGUAGCAUAGUGAAGGCUGUGAUGUGGGGGAGGAAUGUCUACGACAGCAUCUCCAAAUUCCUCCAGUUCCAGCUGACUGUCAACGUGGUGGCUGUCAUCGUGGCCUUCACUGGGGCCUGCAUCACACAGGACUCUCCUCUGAAAGCAGUCCAGAUGUUAUGGGUUAACCUCAUCAUGGAUACCUUCGCCUCUCUUGCCCUAGCAACAGAACCCCCCACAGAGUCCCUGUUGCUACGUAAACCCUAUGGCCGCAACAACCCUCUCAUCUCCUUGACGAUGUUGAAGAACAUCCUGGGUCACGGAGUCUACCAGCUCAUCAUCAUAUUUAGUCUCCUGUUUAUAGGAGAGCGUAUCUUUAACAUAGACAGUGGUCGUAACGCUCCGCUCCACUCCCCUCCGUCAGAACACUACACCAUUAUUUUCAACACCUUCGUCCUCAUGCAGCUCUUUAAUGAGAUCAACGCCAGGAAGAUCCACGGAGAACGCAACGUCUUCGACGGAAUCUUCGCUAACCCCAUCUUCUGUUCCAUAGUGUUCGGAACCUUAGUUAUCCAGGUGGUGAUAGUCCAGUGGGGAGGCAAGCCAUUCAGCUGUGCUCCUCUCAGCGUGGAGCAGUGGCUCUGGUGUCUGUUCGUUGGAGUGGGAGAAUUACUCUGGGGACAGGUGAUCGCCACGGUUCCCAGCGACCAAUUACCCUGUCUGAAGGAGGCGGGGGCAGCGAUGGCGGCGGUAGAGGAAGAGGAAGAGAUGGACGAUGGAGACGAAGAGGGAGAGAUCGACUGUGCUGAGAGAGAGCUACGACGAGGACAGAUACUCUGGUGUAGAGGACUCAGCCGCAUACAGACACAGAUGCGUGUAGUCAACGCCUUCCGUACCAACGUGUACGAGACCCGAGAGAAAACGGAAUCACGGAACUCCAUCCAUAACUUCAUGGCUCACCCAGAAUUCCUGAUCAAUGACCUCAUCCAUAACAUCCCUCUGAUCGACGACACGGACGUCGACGAGGAGUCAGAGCUGAGUCGAUACCAGCACCACCUCCACCCCGCCCUCCGCAAGCCCCCUCCACCCCCCGCCCAGCCCCCUUCCUCCUCCCGCUCCCGCCCGCCAAGGCCCUACCGACAACACAGUCUCCCCGUCACCCCUACCAACAUAAACAACAACGCAACACUGGUCACCUUUGGCGACACAAACAGCAAGGCUGUUUCCCCAGGUAACCGAUGCAUCAAUUAUGAAGUUGCAACCAGAGCUACAACAGCGCUAGGGGUAACAGGAUCCUAGCCCCCUCCUCCUGUCCUCCUCCUCUACUGCUUCCAGACAUCCUUAUAACUCAUGAACAGAUGCAGGGAGGAAAGGACAGACAGACUAACAGGCAGGAGAGGAGUGAGAGACAGGCAGACAGGGAGAAGAGACAAUAGACAGACAUUUCAAAGGAGAAAAUGUUUUCACCAUCAGAGAGGAGGGGUGUAAAAGGAGUCUAGGUUCUGACUGGAGGGAGAAGUUAAGCCCUUCCUUCCUGCUUCUUUUCUUAUCGCUAUAACCAGGCUACUAUACCACAGGAGAGAGGAGGAGUGAUCUGCUGUGACCAGGCUACUAUACCACAAGAGAGAGGAGUGAUCUGCUGUGACCAGGCUACUAUACCACAAGAGAGAGGAGUGAUCUGUUAUGACCAGGCUACUAUACCACAGGAGAGAGAAGGAAUGAUCUGCUAUGACCAGGCUACUAUACCACAGGAGAGAGGAGGGAGAGAAGGAGUGAUCUGCUAUGACCAGGCUACUAUACCACAGGAGAGAGGAGAGGUGAUCUGCUGUGACCAGGCUACUAUACCACAAGCGAGAGGAGGAGUGAUCUGCUAUGACCAGGCUACUAUACCACAGGAGAGAGGAGUGAUCUGCUAUGACCAGGCUACUAUACCACAGGAGAGAGGAGGAGUGAUCUGCUAUGACCGGGCUACUAUACCACAGGAGAGAGGAGGGUGAGAAGGAGUGAUCUGCUAUGACCAGGCUACUAUACCACAGGAGAGAGGAGGAGUGAUCUGCUAUGACCAGGCUACUAUACCACAGGAGAGAGGAGGAGUGAUCUGCUAUGACCAGGCUACUAUACCACAGGAGAGAGGAGUGAUUGGACAUUACACAACUCUACACAUAAACUCUGCAACAAAACUCAGACACUUUUCCCCCCUCAUCUCCUUCCCUCCUCCUCUCCUCUACUGCUCCAGUCAAACUCUUACAAUACAGCGGUGGAUCAACGGGAUCCUGGGGUGACGGGGGUGGAGUAACUCUGUUUUUUAUUGAUGAUUAAUCCAACCCAGAGGAGAACUGCUGCCUGCUCUGUCAAGGCCGACCGGGGUACUGCAGACAAGCUCUGUUCUGCCCCCUCUUUCAAGGCCGACCGGGGUACUCCAGGCAAUGUUUUCAGAAAGCAGGAUCCACCAUUAUAGUCAAUAUGUAUGACGUUCAUCGUGGUCAAUAUUUGUGGAUAUACCAUUUUUUUCUAACACAAUCAUUGUACCAAUACUUGCUUCUAUUUCACCAGAUGUAUGUCCUUGAACUGAUUAUUUAAAAAUUGCGCACAGAAGAAGUUAAAGGAUAAUAUACAGCCAGCAGUACCCCGGUCAGCCUUCAAGAGGGGGCAGAACUGAGCUAGCCUGCAAGGUGUUUUUUUAUCCACGCCAAACUUGGUGCAAAACCAAUCCCCGCGGACGUGAAGUUCUCAGUUUGCUCGUGCUUGCCAUGCCACUAGCAAACACUGUGGCCCCGUCCAAUGAUACCCCCGGACAGGGCCAACCAGGCAGAAUAUAACCCCUCCAACGAUACCCCCGGACAGGGCCAACCAGGCAGAAUAUAACCCCUCCA